UUUUUAAUAUUUCCAAAACCCCAAAUUAAAUAGACAAUAAAAUGGAAACAGAAUCUUUCUUCGGUGUUGAAUUAAGCGAAAAAGACCCUUUGGCCCAAUUCGAAGUGGCCGAAACCGACAAAGUUCUACAAGAUCAAAAAUUGAUUAUUAAACAAAUCAGUCUCGGUGCCGAAGCCAAGGAUGAAUUCAAUGUUGUACAGGCUGAAGUCAAAAUCGCUGACAAAGAAACCCUCAAAAUUCCCAUUGCUGUUCUCAAGGCUGGUGAAACUCGUGUCCUUAAGCCCAAUCUAGAAUUCCCCAGUGAAUCGGUCACUUUCAAAUUGACACAGGGCACAGGUCCCGUUUAUAUUUGUGGGCAACACUUGGUCCAUGACCUUGUCGAUGAAUGGGGCAAUGCCGAGGAGGAAGAUCUUGACGAAGAAGAAGAGGAUGAAGAUGAUGCUCCACCACCACAACAGAAUGGCAAAAAUAGCAAAAAGAAGUAGAAAUGUUAAGG